AUGCCUCCAGCAUACACGGCCUCCCAAAAAGCGGCCAUCCAGAGCUUUGUCGACUUCACAAACACAGACCGCACAACAGCAGGAAAGGUCUUACGUCAACAUGGAUGGAACGUACAAGUGGCAACAAACGCUGCUUCCCUUGGACUACUCCCUCUUACGCGCUCGCUCAUUUUUCUCAAGAUGUCGGACCCGAUGGACAUUGACGAUAAGCCCAUGUUCGCUGCUGACAUGCCCAGCUACUUCCAGUCUGGUUCUACCAACGGCGGCAGCACUGCCAGCAAGAGCACACUCAACAAAUUCUUUGACAAGUACCGCGAGGAUGUGGCCAACGAGCCCGACGAGGUGAACAUCGAGGGCACCAUGCAGCUCCUCACCGACAUCGAAGUCAGCCCCGACGACGUUGGUGCUCUCAUCUUCUCGGAAAUGGUUAAGUCGCCCUCUCUCGGAAAGCUCACGCGCACCGAGUUUGUCGACAGCCUUGCAGCUCUGGGUGUCAGUGAUGUCAACAAGAUGCGCGACAUGGUCCAGCAGAGACGCGCCAACCUCGCCGAAACCUCAUUCCGUCCCACGUUCAAGUCAAUCUACAAGCACACAUUCAUUCUCGCCCGCCAACCCGGACAGAAGGCAGUCGCACUCGAGAAUGCCACAGAGUACUGGCGCCUGCUCCUAACCAGCCCUUCGCUCGAGUGGUCAUCCCCCAACACUCCCUGGCUCGACUGGUGGAUCGAGUUCCUCACGGAAAAGUACAAGAAGAGUGUGAACAAGGACAUGUGGGAUCAGACACUGGUUUUCGCCGAGAAGACUCUUGCAGACGAGCAACUCUCUUUCUGGAGCGAAGACUCUGCCUGGCCCGGCGUUAUUGAUGAGUUCGUCGAGUACGUCAAGACGGACAAGCGUCAGGGUCAGGGUGUUGGUGAUGCUAUGGAAGUUGAGUGA